AAACUACAAAGAUGGCGAUCCAGUGAUGGAAUUUUUUAUAAGAAACAUGUUGGAGAAUCUUGAGAGUUGGGGAAUUGUUUUCAACACAUGUUGGAGAAUUCUGAGAGCAUCUACAUCGACCACUUGAAGAAAGAAAUCAUGGGUCACAAACGGGUUUGGGCGGUAGAACCCGUGAUGAUGAUGCCAUUGGAAGACGAUGGCUUGGACGCAACGAAUCGCGGUGGUUCCAGUACGGUUCCGUUUAAUGAGCUGAUGGCGUGGCUGGACUCACGCGAAGAGAAUUCCGUCAUCUACGUGUGCUUUGGGAGUCACCAGGUGCUGACACCUAAGCAAACAGAUGAGUUGGUGACGGGGCUAGAGGAAAGCGGGGUCCACUUCGUUUGUUGCGUCAGGGAAUAUGGCUUGAUUCCGGAGGGAUUCGAGGAUCGUGUUGCGGGGAAAGGGAUUCUGAUUAAAGGGUGGGCACCGCAAGUGGCGAUUCUCCAACACCGAGCCGUUGGAGCGUUUUUGACGCACUGUGGGUGGAAUUCGACAUUGGAAGGGAUCACCGCCGAGGUUGUUAUGUUGACAUGGCCGAUGGGAGCGGACCAGUUUACGAAUACAAAGUUAUUAGUUGAUCAACUGGGGGUGGGAAUACGAGUGGGUGAGUCGUGUCAAAUCAAACCGGAGUCCAGCACGUUGGCUCGAGUGCUGGUUGAGUCGAUAGGUGGUAGCAGAGUAGAAAGGGCUCGAGUGAAGAUGUUGAGUGAAGCAGCCCUGAAUGCAGUUAAAGGUGGAAGCUCAGACAAGGAUUUGGAUUCGUUGGUUAAAGCGAUGAUAAAUGAACUCAAACCCAAAACCAGAAGCAAUACUAUUUAA